AUGAUGAUCGUCGAAGCUCUCGUCGAGACAGCCCUCGGCGCAGAUCGUCUCGCAGCCCAUCUAGGAGAGAUAGCACUCGAAGGGACCAUGCACGACACCGCGAGCGUCGAGAACGGUCUGCAGGUUCUGCAGACGCAGAUCGCCUGGGUCACAGACACCGCAGCCAUCGACACCGCGACGACCGUGACGACCGCGAUCGCCGUGGCGAACGGUCAUCACGAAGACAACGAAGCCCUCGACCCCGGUCUCGCUCUCCGCGCCGAUCACGCACCCCUCCACAAGCACUUCAACGGAGCGGGCCACUACCUUCGCAAUCCGACGCCUUUUCAGGCGAAUUGA